AUGUGUCAUUUUGAUCGAAUAUACCAACUAGGAGAUUCAAUAUCCGAUACAGGUAAUUUAAUUUGUGAGAGUACGAUUGGUGCUGGAACACCGUUUGCUAAGCUUCCUUAUGGGGAGACUUAUUUCAAGAACGCAACUGGACGUUGCUCGAAUGGAUUGUUGAUGAUCGAUUAUUUGGCAACGGCGACAGGCUUACCUUUCCUAGACCCGUACCUGAAUAAGAGUGGUGACUUUGGACAUGGAGUAAAUUUUGCCGUUGCAGGCUCUACAGCACUGCCCGUGGAAUUUCUAGCCAAAAAAAAUAUUUCAACUAUGGUUACACGUAGUUCACUUGAUGUACAACUUGGUUGGAUGUCUACACAUUUUAACUCUACUUGUCAUAACGAAAGAGAUUGUUUGGAGAUGCUUAAGAGUUCCCUUUUCAUGAUUGGAGAGAUUGGAGGUAAUGAUUAUAAUUACGCUUUAUUGGGAGGUAAAACUAUGGAAGAUAUAAAGGAUAUCAUACUGGAUGUCGUAGAAACCAUUACUGAAGCUGUUAGAACUGUCAUUCAAUAUGGAGCUGUUCGAGUGGUGGUUCCUGGUAAUUUUCCAAUAGGUUGUUUUCCACUUUACCUUACUGUUUUUAAGACCAACGACACGACAGCCUAUGACGAGCAUCACUGUUUGAAAGAACUAAAUGGUUUGUCAAUCUACCACAAUAAUCACUUGAAAAUGGCCAUUGAAGAGUUAAAGCAAGAAUUUCCUAACACUGUCAUUGUAUACGGUGAUUACUAUAAUGCUUUUGAAUGGCUUUUCAUGGAGGCCCCACAAAUUGGAUUUGACGACGCAUCUCUCCAAAAAGCAUGUUGUGGCAUUGGAGGUGAAUAUAAUUUCAAUAUGUUCAAAAAUUGUGGAGCUCCCGAUGUACCUGUUUGUUCAAACCCAGACGAAUUCAUCAGUUGGGAUGGGGUGCAUUUAACGCAACAUGCUUAUCUAAUUAUGGCUGGAAGGCUUAUUGAUGACAUAUUACCCCAACUUCUUUGCAAUUUUAUUUAGAUGAAUUUCAAAUUAGUUAGAAUAGAAUAGAUACAAGACUUGACGAUGAUGAAUUUAUUUAAUUGAAUUUUUCAUUCUUUGUUUUUAGUAUUGUUGAUAGAUAUUGGAAAUUAUAAAAGUCGUACUCUUGUUUAUUCACU